AUGUCGGCCGUCCUCGAUAUCCUCGAUCUCCUUCUAUCCGCCCCAGGAAAGGACAUCCGUAUCGUGAGGAUGCUCAUGGUCAACCUCACGAUCAUUAUCCUGUUCCAACGGAUGUGCCGCACUCCCUACAGGUUGCUGGAAGCAAUGAAGGGGUUCCUGGAAAGUCUCGAGACCAACGACGCUUCUUCACUUCAGCAGCUCUGCGAUCCCCUCUGUUUUACAUGGAUUACCCAGCCCCUAAGCAGCGCCGACCACGACGACUACGCUGGCUAUGUGGUGUUCCUCGAAGCUCUAACCAACCACGACUUGUUCGGCAAAACCGUGAUACAAGUCAUCGAACAGGCGUUACCCCUGAUUGGACAGCGGAUGUCAGGCAACUUCCUCCGCGUACUAUCCUGCCUCCACCAGGCCUUCCUGUCUUUCCCUCUCGACAGCGAAGAACUAUCGAUGCACUGGCUCGCAGUAUUCCUCCGAUUCCACGACGCUAUCGUUCCCCUCCUCUCCGCCCAAAGUUCGGAGCUCAAGAAGCUCUUUAUCGAAUACGACUUCUUUCAGCUCUACCUUCAAGUCUCUUCAAAGGCAUGGAAGUGCGCUACAAACAACGUCAUCCAAGUCAGAAUCUCAGUCUGCCUCGUGCAAACAUUCAGCCUGAUGACAGCAUGCUACUUUCCACGACGAGGACCACCAGGCCACUUCCUCCCUGACGAACUAUUCACGAGCAUCCUAGUCGGACUCGCCAACGCAGAAGAAAGCAGUCGCUCUGCAGAGUUUAUCGGACGCAAUCUCUCGCCCAUUGCACAGCUACCCUCGCGUCGCGUCGUCCAAUCCCUGGCCGCUGCGAUCGACAGCAUCCCGUUCAGCGCCAGGGCGAAGUUGAUAAAGUUUACUCACCCAGCUUCGCAUCACUGGAAGGUCCUCCGCCAAUUCGCAGCUCUGAACCUGGAUACUUUCGAAAACCCGAAAUCUUCAGACCCCGUCCUGUGUUACAACGCUAAGCACAUUGAACUAACAGCUCCGAAGACCGAACGUCGCAUGAAAAGAAAGUUCAAGGUCUGUUCCAGGUGCAAAGUCGCGACAUACUGCAGUGCGCAAUGCCAAGUGGCCGACUGGGCCCAGUUCCACCGCUCUGAAUGUGGCACCUUUGCUCAAACCCGACGAGACCUCGAGAAGCGAAACGUUUGGAUCUCGCAUCUCAUCAAACUGCACGCACUCGUCUUUACCGACGCCUUCAUCCGUUUGCGCGACGCUCCCAAUCCAACGGGGCGGUUAUUCACCCCUUUCACUUCCGUCGUGCUAGAAAAGAUCAAGAUGAAAGGUUCCAGCUCGACGCCCAAGAACUGUAUCUUCCUCUCAUCCGACGAACCUGGAGCAGAUCGCGAAUCAGUUCUGACCAUUCAGGAGUACGUCGAAAAGUACUCGAAAUGGCCUUUGUGGUCGCAGGAGCGCUUCGAUGCUCUUUUGGCCAUGGUUCAAGACCGAGACGCUAGGGGCCCCGAAGUCGAAGCAAACGCUUUUCCUUGGGAUGGUGUUGCAGAGCUAAUUGCUUCCCUGUCUCUGAGGGUCAUCUACGACUCCCUUGCUCACGGCUUGGACGGAAUAUACUUGUAA